CAUCACUGCACAAUUAUCAAAAGUCAUUAUAAAGCGCACAAACUCGGCCAAGUUUCCAGAAAGUCGUCAUGUCAGUCUUGUCUAGAGUCCCCAGUAAUAAAGAACUAUGAUGCUCAUCCUAAUCGUCAAAUUUCUCAUCUUAAUAACAUUUUGUGAUGCGAUGACCAUGAAGCAGAUAAAAGCUACCGGGAAAACCAUACGAAAAACCUGUCAACCAAAAAACAACGUGGCAGAUGAAAAAAUAGAUCCUCUAGCCAAAGGGGAGUUCAUCGCAGAGAAAGAAGUUAUGUGUUACAUGGCUUGCGUUAUGAAAAUGGCUGGCACCGUUAAAAAUGGAAAAAUAAGCUAUGAUGCCGCGAUAAAGCAGGCGGACAUGCUCUUACCGGAGGAAAUCAAAGAGCCCGCAAAGGCGGCUAUGACUGCAUGCAAGAAAGUUCCGGACGGCUACAAGGAUAUCUGCGAAGCUGCGUUUCACGUAACAAAAUGUAUUUACAACCACAAUCCUGAUAUAUUUUACUUUCCUUAAUAAAUAUUCAUUUAGUGGUUAAAAGAAA